AUGUCAGUUCCUGAUGUCCUUCCUUUGAGUCCGCCCUCCACGUCUUCACGCCGUAAAGUCUUCUUUCCAAGGCCAUUAGCCAAACCAAUGAGCACCCCAGACUCGCCCGCAUCAUUUCCUGGCUCAUCGAACACCGCGACCCGAAAACGCGUCGGGUUCUCCAUUGGUUCCCAUGCUGAACAGCCUUCGUCCACGAGCCAACCGCCUGCAAGUACUACAAGGCCAUCUCAUCUUCCUUCUUCGGGCUCCCAACCGUCUCUGAAGUCCAUCCUUAAACCCUCUUCUGUCGACGAACAGACUGCACAAGCUGUGGAGGAAUCACAAGAUGCUAAACGCACAAUGGGUGAAAUGAUAGAGAGUAUCCUGCAACAGCUGUCUCAUGACGACAGAUCACUCUCCGUCGAUGCAUAUCAGACCCUUGCUUCGGUCAUUCGCGAAUAUGAUGACAUACCCGAGGAGGAAGUGCUGAAAGCUAAGAUAACCACAAUUCUGAAAUACAUCAAACGAGAUCUGCAGAAGCAACCCAGUCCAAACGAGCCACUCAUUGCUGAUACGAAUCUGGUCACUCAAGCCUUAAAGGUGCUUGUCAUUUUUGUAUGGAAUCGCGACUACUCCUCUUUGUUGACGGACGAGCAUCGUAUCUUCGUCCUCGAUCGCUCCAUCCAGGUCAUCUCCGAACAUACUGCACCAAAGGGUGUGAUCCUUCACUACCUUCACCUUUUAGCAACCCAAAAUUUUCGGCCAGUUCUCGUCAACAACACCCGUGUUACACGCCUGCUUGAAGCGCUCAGGGCUCUAACUGAGCAUGUGAAAGGCAAUGGCGUGGUCUCGGAGAGGCUGCUGGUCUACCAGAAGCUCCUCGAUCAGGCAAGGCCCACAAUGAAAGCCCGAGCGAACUUGUGGGUAGAGGCGCUAUUGACAGGCAUGACAAACUCGCUGAAAGAUGUGAGAACAAAAGCGAUUGCCAUGGGUCUGAAAGCGUGCUCGGUAUUUCCAGUGUCCUAUUCCAUUUCAGUCACUGUCAAGUCGAUUCUCGCCGCAGAGCUUGCACCGGGAAAGACGUUCAGCUCGGCUAUGUGUCGCAGACUUGAAAAGAUGAUCACGGUCAGAGAAGAAGGGGUUCAGGUUCCCCAGAUAUGGACAAUCGUGCUCAUGCUCAGCAAUGGUGUCGAGGAGCGAGACUCCAAUGGAGCUGGGCCGCGGUUCGACAAAUGGCCACAAUUUAUGGACUGGUUGAAAGUCAUCCAGACAUGCUUCAACUGCAGCGAGUCUGCCAUCAAACAACAGGCCUACAUGGCCUGGGAUCGUUUCAUCCACAUCAUCCGACCCCAUCAAACAUCCGAUACCUUGAUGGCAUUGCUUGCGAAGCCACUCACCGCUCAAAUGGAACGUCAAUCGACUGAACAGGCGUCCAAAGGCACCCGUCCAACUGCUGUUUCAAGUUACUGCACCUUACUUUAUUAUGCUUUCAGACCCGCAGCUACGCACAAACAGUACACCAGGGUCUGGAAUGAAUACAUUGUCAAGGUAAUGAAGAGCUCAUUUUUCGAGAAAAGCAGUGCCAACGCCGACAUUGCGAGUCGCAUCUUCAUGGCAUUAUUCUGGAACUCAAAAAAGAGCACGAAGGUCUGGAAUGAGAAACGAGCCCUUGAAAAUACACGAGUUGAGCCAGAGGAACUCCCCACCAUCGAUUGCAAAUGGAUUAGAGCAAAGUCCAGAGCGAUUCUCGACAUGUUCCAAGUUUUGAUGCAAUACAGCUCCUGGGGUGCUUCAGGCAACUCCGACAAAGCGUUUAUUGCCAUUGCCUGGUCACAUUUCCUCAAAGCGUUGCGAGAGGCGAGCAGCAAAGAGAUCAAGCCUUCACCCGAGACACUCGAUGCCAUGACCAACGUAACCAAUUUCUUAGGACUGCUCUUUGAAGACUGCUCGGGACUGGUGACCGAAGAUCGAGCAAGCGGUAUUCAUGGACUUAGCCUCGCCCAAGUGCGACACUUGACUCUCGCCGCCAUCACUGAACUUGGGACAGAUCUGAUAAAGGCUGGACUCGAGCUCAACUGCGACAUCAAGAGGAUGCUUGUCAUCUAUGAUACACUAGAGUCCGUCAUGCGAGAAUCGAAAAAUGAAGAGGAUUCUCAGAGUCGUGCGCCAUCCGAGGCGCUGAAGACUGAAGCACAACCAGUCUUGCGCCACUCCGAGGAACUGCUCGAAUAUCUGAACACCCGGCUACUACGAGAUUUCGGAACGCAACACGCUACCGGAAAGAAAUCGUUGAUAAUGCUCGGGAUAGAGCAGCUGGGACAGAAUUUCGAUGCUGCCCCACAGGAAUAUAUUGUCCGCCUGCUGGGACUACUUCAGCCAACUCUGUCUACCUUACUCAAAGGCGAUGAGUUCGGAAAAGACGAGACUCGUGGCGAAUGUUAUUCUGAAAUCUUCAGGUCCACCCUAAACAUCCUUGCCAGAACUGCCCCUGGAACUGACGAAGUAUUCGAUGACGUUCUGGCCUCUUUCUUUGAAAGUCCCCAUAUCUUUGCACGGGACGAAGCUAUCACACUGUGGAAUAUGCGUUACAGCCAUUUACGCGCUGUCUCUAUCAGCCAGCGUCUCUCUGAAGCUUUGUGCAAGUUACGAGAAGCCGGUAUUGAAUUAAUCCCUGACACCACAAUGCCACCUGCUCCUGCCGGGGCAAAGACUCCCACAUCUACACAAAAAGCAUUAAGUCCCGACAAGGUUGCACAUAGCGCUGGACCUUCUCCGGAACUAGGGAGCCAGCACUUCGAGCUUGUUACAACGGAGCAUCCGAGUCCGACUUUCUCAGGCCCCAGAAGACAAAGUCCCCGAUACAGGGCGAGAUUUGAUGAUUCCCAGGUUCUCUUUGUACCGAUUGAUUCCUCACCGGCAUGUGAAUACGAUUCAGAUUCGCAGUGCCUAACAGAACAUCAAAAAGAAGUUCGAGACAGACAACGUUCCGAACCUACCGUUGUAUUUGCCGAUCUUCGAUCAAGUCCGCGACCACAUAGCAGGGCUACGAGCGUAAGCAACUGUGGUAUUGCGCGCAAGGCAGCUGCGCUACCAGAACGACCUUCAACACCAACUUUGCCAACAGGUCAUGAUCAACAGGAACCCGAGAUACCAGCUUCUCCAACCCCUCGAGCACGACACGUUGCUAAUCAAAUAGCGGAUAUCGAUGUGCCUUCGUCGCCGCCAUCAAUUCCAGGUUCUCGUGAUCGAGGGGAGAUUACUUCUUCUCCACCACAAUCUGGUGUGGAGGAUGGACAAGUCAGGAUUGAUCUUGCCAUCGCGCCGCCGCAGGUCAUCUGUCGGCAGAGCGCUAUGAAAGCAAAUGACGUUUCACCAACUGCAGAUGUGAAAGGACCAUUUUCCACCGUCAGUGAGCAGAGGACCGUUAAUGCACAAACGGAUAUCAACAUGCUGGACCAGAGCGCUGAAGAAGCUGUCCGGACUGUUCCCACAACCACAGAUCCAUUGGCAACGACUACCGGCGCAAAUAAUGAUCGUGCGUCCUCAAGCCCAAUGGCAACUAGAAAUGACAGCGAUGAGAUCGACAUGCUUAGCGCCUCGCAAUUAUCCCAUGAUCUUGACCAACACCUUAGCCAGGUAGUCGAGGGCGAGGGUUUGCAAAUUGCAGGGGAGGAACAGGAACCCAACAGCCAACCAAAGCCCCAGACACGACGAAGUCGGAAGCGCAAGUCUAGUAGCCUGAGAUUCACCUCGAACAAGCGGAGAAGGUCUCAAAUCUCUUCCCAGACAUCGUCCCAAGCAACCAACAGCUCUUUGUAUGAAACACCAGGAGAAAUGGAAGACUGCAUUGAGAUUGUUCCGACGCGGGCAGUUCAAGCGAUUGCCACAAACGAACUUGUGCAUGAAACUCGGACAGCUGUUACUGAACCAACGAGUGCUCCGAAACGUCGGAGGGGCCGACAACGUCGAAGACCAGAGAAUGUCAGCUCGACUCCAGAGUCACCGAUUCAUCAUCUUGACGCGGUCGAGGUAGUGGUGCGCGGAACUCGGCAACCGAAGGAAGGAAGCGUACUCGAGAGCGACCCAUUGCCUUCAGCACCGAGCAAGGGUGAAAACGCAGCAGCAGAGAAUCCCCAGCUACCGUCAAGUACUGAUGAGGUAGCAGCCUCAAUUGAUUUAUCGGCUUGCCCUGAUGAGUCGGCCGAAGGUGGUACUCAGCCCAGCCUAAGUGUUAUGCUGCAAAAUGUCCUGGAUCGGCUCAAGUCAAGUGAGCCCGGAGACGUGGACUUACGGGCAGUGGAUGAGCUCUGCUUCCAAAUUCGAUUUCAGGCACAGGUAAUUACUCAACGGCAGGACGAUAAGCUGUCAGAAGGGAUGUUAUGA